AUGUGCCACAGUAGGGUUUUUUUCAAACUGAGUCUGAUAUCCACGGAAGAUUCGAUUAUGAUCGUUUUAGUGGCAGCACUCAAUCACUCCAUCCAAUACUCCCCUAUUAUGUAUGCGUUGAUGACUGGUUUCACUUGCGUGGUCAUCGCUGUGGUUCAGGUAAUUCAUUCGCUUUCCGGUUUUGCUCCCCAGGAUUUGGAUCCUUUUCAACCGACGGAAGAACGCUUACUGCUCAUGGUUGUGGUGACCAGAAUGGGCCCUAUGCAAAUGAAACGGCCCAAACCGAGCAAAACCGGUCGGGACAAUUCUGCCAUUCCCGUCACAGAGGUCCCACACUAUCGACGACCAGUGGGUGUAGCAUGUGUGGACAUCACCCGUCUUGUUGUUCCGCACCUAAAUCGAUCUGGGAGCCUAGAUUCUUCGACCCGGUUGCCAGACGGAUCGGGUGUGAUUCAAACGCCUCGAACAAUUGCCGUGAUCCCUACCGGUGAACAAUUUCAGACAGAUUUUCUACUCAACCUGGCUAACCACACUCCAUUGGCCUAUUUCGCUAAACCCGCUGGUCGUGAGGUUACCGCUCCCAUAAUCACGCCUUCCGGUCUCUCCACUUUAAACGCAUUGAUCGAUAUUCCCUUGACAUCCGCCUUGGCAACAGGUCUCCCUGUCGGGAUCGUUACAGACUCAUCCAGUGCCUUCACUAACGGUAGCGGUAUUCCUAAUUCCAAUUCCUCCACCGGAAUCGCCCCUUCCGGUUCAUUUUCCUCUUCCUCUCGUCCAUUGAUAAGCGGAAAUGCAGAUGACCUGGACUUCACCCUGAAGACUAUCGAUGUAUUAGAUCCACGCCAAUCUCAGAUUCUCAUGCACAGCACAUUGAGCAAACCUCAUGUGUUGUAUGGUCGUCGCUUUGGAUUUUCCAACAUGCUCUCAGUUGGUGCGGAAUCUGACCGACGCGAGUUGUUUGUCACCUUGAUCUCGGGCGAGUUUAACAAGGGGACCAAAAAGCAGGAGAAAAAUGUGGAAGUGGAAAUCAGUGUUCGGGACAGUUCGGGCAAUCUGGAGCGUGUUGUAAAUCAUGCUCUCUGGGACUAUCCAGAUAAGUUCCUGAAACUAGUUCGGUCCCCACUCAUCAAUGAUUUCCGAACCAGUUUGAAUAAAGGCUUGUUAAUAUCCGUCCGUCAAAUAGUGGGCAACUCGAUGUGUGUCCUUUACUUUCAGGGUCAGUAUCGGAAUACGCGAGCGUCGAAAGACAAGCUGCUGGGUGUUGCAUUUCUUCGUCUUCAACCGAGCACAGCGAUCCCGGUCCUUUUGGCUGACGGCUGUUACCAACUGCUCAUCCACAAGAUGGACAUGCAUCAGAUCGAUACAUGCGCAUAUCUGCGUGAGACCUCUUGUCUUCCGGGUACCGGACCUGGACCGAUGGUGUCUGCCGGGUCCGGGAGUAGUAUGGGCAGCAGCGGAUCGCAGAGCUCGAUUGGGACUGGUGCACUGCUGGGCACGUCUGCGCUAAGCUCGUUUUCUCAAUCCAAACAACGACACGAGAUGUUGUACGUGGAAACUCGAGUGUGCAGUAGUCAGCACACCACAGACGGUUAG